GGACGCGGGCGGUGGCGGCGCCACGUCCCGGGCGGUGUCCGGGAAGAAGUCAGUCGGGCCUGGGUUACAGUUUGAAGUAACUAUGGCCUUCACGCUGUACUCCCUGAUGCAGGCGGCCCUGCUGUGCGUGAACGCCAUCGCCGUGCUGCACGAGGAGCGCUUCCUCAAGAACAUUGGCUGGGGAACAGACCAGGGAAUUGGUGGAUUCGGAGAGGAGCCAGGAAUUAAAUCUCAACUAAUGAACCUCAUUCGGUCUGUAAGAACCGUGAUGAGAGUGCCAUUGAUAAUAGUAAACUCAAUCACUAUUGUAUUGCUUCUGUUGUUUGGCUGAACAUCAUUGGGAAAUCAGAGACUGAGAAGAAGAAAAGCCCCAGAAGUUACUAUUUCUGUUGUGACUAGAAUAUUCGUGUUUCAGCAGGCUCAUCUUGCAGUUGACAAACAAAAAAAGUAAAGUUGACAAUAAAGCCAGAGUUUCUAUCUAUCUGAUUUUUUUUUUUUAAUUGUAGUUGCACUUGUAGAUCAGAUUAUCAGAGGCAGGAGCACUUCCGGAUUGGAAAGGGCACAGGACUGCUGCCUCCGUGUCACUCCAUACGACGCUGUUACAGCUCAGGGAUGGAUUUAGAUAUGACCUGAGAGUAAAUAACUUCCUAUAUAAACUUAAGAGGUUUUUAAAGUAACAGUUGACAAGUUGGUAUUUGGGUAAUUUAUUUUGAACUCUUUGGUUACCUUGUUUCUGCUAUAAAGAAAUUUAUAGAUAACUAUAUGGGGAAAUACCCUGAUUUCAGAGAGAAUUCCAAUUCUGGAAACCAGUUGUUUGGGAAGUGUGGUUUUUACACCAUUGUUUAUUAGUUGACCUGAACAGUGAGACCAGACUACUUACAUGUAUUCCUUUGUAGGAAGUCUUGCUGAUUUACAAGGAUUUGUUUUAUAAAAUCAAUGUAACUGUUAGUUGGCAAAAUCAGCCUAUACAGUCACAGACUAACCUGUUCAUGUGGCUGUCUGUUGUGAAGCGUUUGCUUCCCUAGGUCAUGCUUCCAUUCCUUGGUGGAGCAGCGUGCUGUAGGUAUGAUUCUUAGUUUCUCAUUCUGUCUGUCGGUAGGUCAUUGAUUCUAGGGAGCUUUCGUUCGUGUGUCUUAUGUCUUGCAAUGUCGUAGGCCAGCUUUGUAGUGUUCUUGGCUCAUCUCAUAAUACUGUUGUUCACUUUUAUAUCAGAAGAGUUAAACUGCAAAUAUUGUAUGAAAUGUUUCAGUUAAAAUAACUUAAAGGGGUGGGAUGGCAUCUUUCUGUAUAGAAAACUUUUAUAAAUAAAGUUCUCUUUUCACAGUG